CACCUUCACAUCGAUCUCCUCUCUUUAGCAUGGCAUAUACGUAUGAGGCCUUUGAGAACUUCUGAAUCAGCCUAGGAGUUAAGGCAGGGGUGACCGUAGAAGCAAGCAAAAUGAACAGUAAACUGCGUACAGCGAUUGUAACUCUCUGCGUCUUCCUAAGCUUGCAUCUUCAAAACGUGUUCUCAGAUGGCGUGAACGUCAAUCCGUCGAGCUACCUUGCACCUCAGGUGAAGGUGCCGAACUACCACGUGAACGACAUUUGGAAGGCGCAUACGCACUUGCCGAACUACCCGGAAAUCGAGGCCGCUGCUAGGGACACUUUCGUCGCCCUCCCGUCGAGCUAUGACACAAAAUAUCGGAACCCCUGCUGGACACAAGAUGUCACGUUCAAGUGCCUACCGUAUUUCCAAAUACUGGGAGUUUCCAAAUGCGGGACAACCGACCUGUAUAACCGCCUCACGGAACACCCCGAUAUGAUUGACUGCUCUUGGAAGGGACCCCACUUUUGGGACGAGUCCGCGUACCCUGUUCGCGUGAAGCGGCCCGGUCGCUACGACGGCUCUUUUCCGGCUUACGUGAGUGUCUUCGACAAGGCGGCCGCGCGCAUCCAGGCCAACCAGGCCGCCAUUACGGGGGAGGCCUCCUCGAACACAUACACGGCUGUGUACUCACAUCUGCGAGGUCGCACAUUGGUGAAGCGAAUCAACUCCACGCUGUCCGAAUACCUAUCAAGUUCCUUGGGUGGUCGUGGUUACGAUGCUGGUUGUGGUGGUGGUGAUUGCUGAAACAGUCAUCCAAGUAUGAUGACAGUAAGGGGGCAAGCCGGGAGCUCAACACGGCCUACCAGCUGCUAAGGGACUUUUACAACUGCGGACACCGUUAUUCCGCUUCUAUUCCUACCACCACCGUACAGCGGGCCCCGUGUUCACCUCAUGCGACACAGGAGGCCCUUCAAUCAGGAGCUUUCGAGGGCGUUUGGGAACGACCCGCGGUGGUUAUGGGGGUACUGAAUACACCCCACCGUACGCACGUCAUGACGGGUGGACAGACCAGCAUGCGAAGAGGAGGGACGAGGGAAGGGGAGAGGAAAGGGCCCUUCAAUCAGGAGCUUUCGAGGGCGUUUGGGAACGACCCGCGGUGGUUAUGGGGGUACUGA